CAAACCGAUCAGUGGACAUUCGAUAACUUCUACCUCAGCGAUAUUACUAAAGGACAGCCGCUACGAUAUAUGGGAUACGAACUAUUUCAUAAGAAUUGCAAUUUACUGAACAAAUUUGACAUAACCGUAAGCUGUUUUGAUGCUUUCCUUCAAACUGUUCAGCAAGGCUAUGCAAAAUAUGAUAAUCCAUAUCAUAAUGUUAUUCAUGCAACCGAUGUUUUACAAACGGUCUAUUAUCUAACUACCAAGACCGGUCUAUUGAAUUGGUUGACAGAUUUGGAAGUUUUCGCGUUGUUACUUGCUGCCGCUAUCCACGAUUAUGAACAUACAGGAACAACGAAUAGCUUUCUAGUUGCUUCAGGAUCUGAACUUGCUUUAAUGUAUAACGAUCGAUCAGUUUUAGAGAAUCAUCACAUAUCCUGUGCAUUUCGUGUUAUAACACAGCCUGAACAUCCCAUCUUAAAAGGAUUUUCCUAUGAACAGUUUAGGGAAAUUAGAUGCAUGAUUAUCGACAUGGUAUUAGCGACUGAUAUGACAACGCAUUUUCAGCAAGUUGAAUUUAUGAAAAGAUCAUUACUAAAUCCAAAAGGAAUCGAAAAAAUAGAUCGUACCAAAGUUUUGAACUAUAUUCUUCACUGCGCUGACAUUAGCCAUCCCGCCAAAUCAUGGGAAUUGCACAGUCGUUGGACGAAUUUACUGAUGAAUGAAUUUUUUAAACAGGGAGAAUUGGAACAUCAGCUGGGAUUACCGUACUCACCUUUAUGUGAUAAAACGACGACGAAAAUCCCUGAAAGUCAAGUUGGAUUUAUCAACUUUAUAGUUAAUCCACUCUUUGACAUAUUUGGUGAAGUUAUCGAUAAAAUUUCUCAUCAUGUGAUGAACCAAAAUGAUGAAGAAGAAUUACGAAAGACAGAUACUGAAAAACCCUGGAUUCAAUCUAUGAGAGACAAUCAUGAAAAAUGGUUACAUCAAUGUCAUGAUUGUAAGCGUUCAGGUAAAUGA